AUGGGGUCCUGCAGCGAUGAUCUGAGAAAUGAACUGGAGAAGGAGUACUGUCCUCCAGUUGACUCUGCCUUAUUUGCCGCAAUCACGACGGACUUUGACCUGACAAACCCCGAUGAGGUCAAGUCACUGCGUGAGACGCUAGACUCUAUCAAGGAACUAGCAAUCCAACAAGAAGACCUCCCAUUUGACCCAUCAGGCACAGCCAAUGAUCAUCUGGAUGUUGCUGACACGGGUGCAAGCUCAUCCGCAACUGGUCAAGGCACACUGCUAACCCAUAGUGAUAGUACCAGCCAGGAAUCGCAUUUCUUCCUGGAUGGGAGCGACACCAGGAGUUCAAAAUCUCAAACUACCUGCCACUCAACAUACACAAUUGCAGCCGAUGGGUCUGUUCAGCUUAUUGGUGGCAGUGAUCAAGACAAGGUGAACUUGCUGCUGGACAUGUUCCCCGACAUUUCCCCUUUCAAUGUUGAGCAGAGCUUGAAGAAGAGCAACGGAGACAUUGACAAGUCGAUGGACAUCCUGCUCAACUUGUCUUUCUUCGACCAAGCCAAGACUGAUGAAGAUCAAGUCGUCAUCCCUAAGGGAUUGGACGGGUUCGUGGCGGAGAUUCCCGACAUUGGUCGCCAAAAAGGGCGGAAGAAAAAGCGCAACAAGAACAACAAGGUCUCGUUUGUACCGACGUUGCCCACCGAUGAUCCACCCGCCACAAACAAGUGGGAGACAGGCCAAGCUGACGUUGAGUUCAUUUGCUCUCGUACACCUGAUCUCCCACGGCACAAAGUUGCAUCCGCAUAUACGGCGAACAACAGAUCUCUGUCUGCGACAAUCAAGGCAUUGGCUCUCGCUCAUGCAGUGGACGAUAUCAGUGAAGCGGAACUUGCACCCGUCCUACAGUCUCAAUUGGACGAACUUGUGGGUGAUUACCCCAACGUUUCCCAAGCCACUCUCGUUGGGCUGCUCCGAAUUACACGCAACAUGAUCUCCGCCGCAAAUGAGCUGGCAGCUGAGAUGAUCCACCAACCAUCAGACAUCUCCGUGAAUGACUUGAUCAAGAUCACCGCGCCGAAACUUAACCUGGACGACGAGGCGGACGACGUCCACACACCAAGCCGCCAGAACAAAGAGAAUUUCCGCAGCGCGCUUGACUACGAAAGCGAGCAAGCAGCUGCCAAUGCCUACUUUGCUGCCAAAUCCACUGCAAACAUGCAAGCAGCACAGGCCGCCCGGAAAGCCAAGUCGGACCCAUUGUAUGGGGGUGCCUCACAUUAUUAUCGUGAGGUUGCGCAGCAAAACCGGGAGCUUGCAAUGCGGCAUCUCUCUGCGGCCUCUGAGCGGCUUGUGGAUAGCCAGUCCAGUAACGGGGAUGUGGAUCUGCACGGUUGCCAAGUUCCCCAGGCGAUUCGUAUUGCGCGGGAGCGGGUCGAGGCCUGGUGGGACGGCCUGGGAGAUACCAAGCACGUCCGUGGCGGAGGCAAACAUGUCCACGGCGGCUUCAAGAUCAUCACUGGUGUGGGUCUUCACAGCCGAGAUGGGAAAUCUCGCUUGGGUCCUGCUGUGAGCAAGGCUCUAAUCAGUGAUGGCUGGCGCGUGGAGGUUGGCCGAGGCUUCGUGACCGUUGUUGGUGUUGCUCGCCGUUAG